AGUGUUUUGGCGUUACGGCAAUGUUAUUGUCAUAUUGUAGAAUGGUUCUCUUAAUACAUCCAUGGGUUCAGUGCACAGUUAGAAAUAAGAACUAUCAGUGUACGGUUUAACAUUAACAGAAUACCAACAAAUGUUCUAACAGCGUACGCUAUUCUAAAUUAUCUUUUUGGUUGUAGUCCAAGCCUAGUUAGUAUUUAAGCAUUAGCUAAUAAGCUGUGGUUUGUUGACAGUCUUUUCUAGACAGUCUAUCAACCUAUCGUUGGACAGCAACUAACUACGACCCGGAUGCAUAAGUCUGAGUAAUAUUAUAAGACAAACAGCAUUUGACUGCAUCAUUAGGUACGUAGCUAACGUUUAUUAGUUAGGAAACGUCACUAACGUUAGUUAAUCAGUCACAGCAACACGGCGUCCCUAAGUUAACUAAAGCACCGGCUGGCAAACCUAUGCUUUCUUGAAAUAGAUUGCGUUAUGUAUGGCUGCAUACCAUCGUUUAAGAUUUACUCACCUAUUGAAGAAAGGACUGCCCAGGAAACAAGUCUGGACAAAACCAAAUAACACCUCAAUUGUGGUGUCAGCUCAAGUUGUGUUAAUUACUGCGCUGACAGACUUUGGACCUUUAGCAAAGACAUUCAGUGUUGAAAUCAGUGCCCCAACGUACCCUUCAUCAUCUCUCCAAGUCCCAUCUUUAUGUAUUCGGAGCAGAGAUAAUGACACAGUAGAUCAAGAAAGGAGUCAAAAAAACCUAGACACAAAGAUGGAUAUACGGCCAAAGACUGGAGCAGAUGGAUUGCGAGGUGUAAAGACGAAAGGUUACCAUCAAAAAAACGGAACAAGGCAGAAACAGAAGUUCCGAAAUACUCUUGAACAAUGGUUGGUUAAGCCCCCCAAAAAACCAUGUACAGCUGAAGUGUGCCAAACCCAAGAGGAUGUAGAGAUGGACGAUGAUGGUGGCUUUCAAAGCACUUCAGUUCAGGAUCUGUACUGCCAAAAGGCUGAAGUAUCUGACUCUGAUGAAGAAACCCAACCUUUGACGCCACAAGACCUGGAUGAAGACAAUCCUGUGUCACCAGCAUACAAGGAUUCUGCAGAGAGUGAUCUCAUGCAGACACUGUCCCACAAUUAUGGUGGAUUAGACACCGAAGAAGAAGAGACAUGCUCAGCAAGCUCAGAGAGCACUGUCAAACACAAUACCAAAAUAACAGAUUUCUUUUCAGGGACAUCAUCACCAGGUUUACAUGUGAGACAGGGCAAGCCAGAUAAGUCUACCAAGAAACAAAAUGCAGACAAGGAAACUACAUCUGCUGUGGUCAAGCCUGAUGUCAAAUGGCUGGGGAUGCCAAUCAAUGAACUAAAGAGAAUGCCUGAAUGUGGUGGACCGCUUCCUCCACUGAAGGAUGUUCCUGGCCAGCACACUGUGAUGAUAAGGACAGACCUUCUUCAGAAUGGUAAAGUUCCUGUUCCAUAUCCGGCUAAGUUUAUUGAUACCUGGGAUGAUGUCCAUGUCAAGAUGCCCUGUUCCAGUUGGAACCUGUUUCCUGUACAGGAUGAGGAAACACUUGAACUGCAGAAGAGGAGUCGGUGGGAGCUGAUUAAGGAAACUUUAAACAACACAUUUACAAGUCAGCACGCACUGCAGAAUGCAAUAUUGAAAUACAAUGCCUCACAGGCCAAGAAAUGGGACUUCACCGCAUUACGUUUGUACUGCACUAAGGUCCUGGAGCCUGAUGCUGCUGAACAUCUGCUGCCAGACAUGGCGCAAUUAGCACUGAGAGCAUCUGAGCUCUGUACCAAGCCGAUACCACUCCUCAAGAGAGGCAUGAACCACUCCAUCACCAUGUCUCAGAAGCAGGUGGCAUGUCUGCUCGCCAACGCCUUCUUCUGCACUUUCCCCCGACGCAACUCCAGAAGGACUGAGUACUACAACUACCCAGACAUCAACUUCUUCAGGCUGUUUGAGGGGUCCUCUUCAAGGAAGAUUGAGAAACUGAAAACCCUGAUGUGCUAUUUUAAAAGUUUGACUGAGCAAAAGCCUACUGGACUUGUGACAUUCACACGGAAAAGCUUGGAUAAACCUCUGAAUUGGAAAAGCUCACAGACUCGGCUCACAAACCUCCACAUUACUUGUGAAGGGACCAUUGAGGAUGAUGGUUAUGGAAUGCUUCAGGUGGAUUUUGCCAAUCGGUUUGUGGGAGGAGGAGUCACCAGUUCUGGUUUAGUCCAAGAGGAAAUCCGUUUUCUGAUCAACCCCGAGCUUAUUGUUUCUCGCCUCUUCACUGAAGCCCUGGAUCAUAAUGAAUGUCUGAUCAUCACAGGUACACAGCAGUACAGUAAAUACACAGGCUAUGGUCAGACCUACCAGUGGGAUGGCAGCCACCAGGACACAAUUCCAAGUGAUGGCUGGCAGAGAAGAUGCACGGAGAUUGUGGCCAUUGAUGCUCUGCAGUUCAAUAACUUUCUUGAACAGUUUCGCCCAGAGAGACUUAACAGAGAACUCAACAAGGCCUACUGUGGCUUUGCUCGCCCUGAAGAACAAAGCAUAAACCUUGCAGCAGUUGCUACAGGGAAUUGGGGCUGUGGGGUUUUUGGAGGGGACACACGUCUGAAAGCUCUGCUCCAGAUGCUGGCAGCUGCUGAGGCGGGCCGAGAUGUGGCCUAUUUUACCUUUGGUGACAGCCAGCUCAUGACAGAUGUCCACAAGAUGCACUCUUUCCUAACUCAGAGAAAGAUCAGUGUCGGGGAGGUGUAUGAUCUCCUGGGGCAGUACUACAGCUCAGUGUGCAAGAGCUGCCUUGGCCGGCGCCCUGACGUCAGCCUCUACUCCUUCAUCUACCAACAGGUCAGCUCCUCCCUGGCGCCAGAUGACUCCGACAGGGGCUCGGCCAGACAUCACGUCCCCGCAGACUACCGUUAAGGUCAGGUGGCUGAUGAGUCACCGUGCCUUAUCUUCUGAAAACGAAACAAAAGCGAGUUAAAACAUUCUCCGUCUACCUUAAACUUUUUUUUUUCUUUCUUCAUAAGACAAAGUUUUGAUUAACAGUGGUCGAUAUACCAAAUGUGGUCUCCACCACUUGCAGCUGAAAAAGGACGAUCUAGCAUGCACAUCCUUUUCACAAACAACUGAACUGCAAGGGGUGAUUAGUUAUGACCCUGUAUGGCGCUGUGUUCAUUUUGCUGCUGCUGGUAAUACGCCGAUCCAUUGAGCUUCAAUACGACGCAAUUGUGAUUUUAAUGGUGAAGCAAAGGUUGCCAUCCAUCUUCUGAGUUGUUCAUGUUGCCUUUUUUUACACCCACACAUAUCCGGCCUAAUUGAAUUGGCUGUCAGAAAUCAAUUUAAAGGA